UAUGUUUAUGUCCUUGACUGUUUAAGAGUUUAGAGUUAUAGACGACCAAAAUGGAAGCCACGAAUUGCAUAUACAGGAACCCAAGCGAAGCCGUUGAAGCUCGAGUGAAAGACCUCCUUUCCCGCAUGACUCUGGACCAGAAGAUCGGCCAAAUGACCCAGAUGGAGCGCUGCGUCGCCACCCCUGCCGCCAUUAGAGACCACGCCGUUGGGAGUAUUCUUAGUGGUGGUGGGAGUGGGCCUUUUGAGAAGGCCUUGUCAUCGGAUUGGACCGACAUGGUUGAUGGGUUUCAGAAGCUGGCCUUGGAAUCUGAGCUUGGGAUACCCAUCAUAUAUGGUGUGGACGCGGUUCAUGGGAACAACAAUGUGUAUGGUGCCACGGUGUUCCCUCAUAAUGUUGGCCUUGGAGCCACCAGAGACGCGGAUUUGGCUCAAAAGAUUGGAACAGCAACGGCUCUGGAAGUCAGGGCAAGUGGGGCUCACUAUACUUUUGCUCCUUGUGUAGCUGUAUGCAGAGAUCCCCGUUGGGGACGAUGCUAUGAGAGUUAUAGUGAAGACACUGCGAUCGUGAGGAAGAUGACAUCCAUUGUUACCGGCUUGCAGGGACAGCCACCGCCAGGACAUCCAAAGGGCUAUCCUUUUGUGGCUGGAAGAAACAAUGUUAUUGCAUGUGCCAAGCAUUUUGUUGGAGAUGGGGGUACCCACAAAGGUCUAAAUGAAGGGAACACUGUAUGCUCAUAUGAUGACUUGGAGAGAAUUCAUAUGGCACCUUAUCUGGACUGUAUUUCUCAGGGAGUUUCCACUGUUAUGGCAUCUUAUUCCAGCUGGAAUGGAAGUCCAUUGCAUUCUGAUCGUUAUCUCCUGACGGAAAUUUUGAAGAAUAAGCUAGGUUUUAAGGGCUUUGUAAUUUCUGACUGGGAAGGACUUGAUAGACUUAUCCAACCCCGUGGCUCAAACUAUGGAACAUGCAUUUCCCUUGCCGUAAAUGCAGGAAUUGACAUGGUGAUGGUGCCGUUUUAUUACGAACAGUUCAUGGAGGAAUUGAAAUAUCUGGUAGAAUCUGGGAAGGUACCAAUGGCCAGAAUUGAUGAUGCUGUUGAACGAAUACUGCGAGUCAAGUUUGUCGCCGGUCUUUUUGAACAUCCCUUUAGUGACAGAUCUUUGCUAGAUACAGUUGGUUGCAAGGGUCAUAGAGAUCUAGCACGCGCAGCAGUUCGCAAGUCCUUGGUUCUGUUGAAGAAUGGAAAGGAUUUAAGGAAACCUUUACUUCCAUUAGACAAAAGAGAUCAAAGAAUUCUUGUCGUAGGAAGCCAUGCUGAUGAUCUUGGAUAUCAGUGUGGAGGGUGGACGUGUACUUGGCAUGGAAGUAGCGGCAGGAUCACAAUUGGAACAACCAUCUUGGAAGCUAUUAAAGAAGCUGUGGGAGACAAUACGGAGAUAAUUUACGAGAAAUAUCCAUCAACAGAAACAUUAUCACGGCAAGAUUUCUCUUUGGCAAUUGUAGUAGUUGGUGAAGAACCAUAUGCAGAAUUUACUGGUGACAACUCGGUGCUUGUAAUUGAACGAGCCGAUGCUUCGGGCAGAAGAAUUGAUGGAACUAAUGUGAUAAGCUCAGUUGCUGAUAGGAUCCCAACAUUGGUGAUUCUGAUAUCUGGAAGACCUUUAGUUUUAGAGCCUCGUCUCUUGGAGAAGAUAGAUGCUCUAAUUGCAGCUUGGUUGCCAGGUAGCGAAGGCGGGGGCAUUGCCGAUGUCAUCUUUGGUGAUUUCGACUUCGAGGGAAGACUACCUGUGACAUGGUUCAGAACGGUUCAGCAACUGCCAAUUAAUGCUGAAGCCAAUGCAUAUGACCCUCUGUAUCCUAUUGGCUUUGGGCUUAGUUACAAAAAGAAAUAAAUCUUUAGUUUAGUAUAAUAGAUAUUUAAGGAACGAGGCUGAGAAAAGGCAAUAUGGGUCUUAAUCUGCAGUACUAGAAACAGCUGGUAAUUAUUCUUUGGUAUACGAUUCAUCUGUCCUUCCUUGUAUUGUAUGACCAACCUAUUCUAUAUUUAUGUGAUGUGUAUAUUUUCUUUCUUUUUUUUUUCUUUUUU